AUGACAAAUAUGAUCAAGUUUUUCCUUCUUUACGGUUUUGUUUUUGGUAGUAUUAAUGGUCAAUAUACUUUAAGAGGAGUUCCUGAAAGUUAUGCAGUGUUAGGUGAAAAUUAUACAUUACAAUGUGAUGUUACAGAUUCACCUAGUCUUGUAGAUUUCCGUAGAAACAAUAUUGUUGUAUGUAAUAUGAUAAACUGUGAGAGUAGUUCAACAGAUAAUAGAUAUAAAUGUCGAUGUAUAAAUAAUAACGACAAAACACUAUAUCUCAAUAUAAGUAAUAUAAAUAAACAAGAUGAUACAACAUGGUCUUGUAGAGGUGAUUCUGGUGGACAAGGAUCAACUACUGUACCAGUUUAUUGUACAUUAUCACUUAUUAUUUGA